AUUCACAGCCUCUGGCUUGAAUCUCCCUGGCAAGCGUCUUCUUCAACCUCUUCAUCUUCCGAUUGAAUGGGAUGUGUUUUUGAGUCGACAACUUGCAUCCCUCAUUCCCUCUUGUGUUCUCAUUCGUGGAAACCCUCCACUUCCAGUGGGCCCCACCCGUGUCCCUUCGACUUCCGGUGGGCCCUCGUCGAGUCUCGAAAGUUGGAAGCUCGAGAAAGCGAGAUGUGGGGGAAGGGGAAGAAGCGGUUCGGCGCCGGCGGCGGUGAGCCGGCGGCCAAGCGCCAGGCCGCCGGGGAGGACGGGCCCUCCGAAUCCGCCGACGACGACAUCGUCGUCGCCGAGAUAUCGAAGAACAAGAGGGUGGCGGUGAGGAGCUGGAAGGGUAAGGUCUUCGUCGACAUCCGCGAGUUCUACGUGAAGGACGGCAAGACCCUCCCUACGCGCAAAGGUAUAUCACUCCAGAUGGAUCAGUGGAAGAUAUUGAGGGACAAUAUCAAAGCCAUAGACGAGGCUGUCAAGGAGAAUGCACGAUAGGUGGUUUCUAUAGGAUCACAUAGGGGCAAACUUUUGCUUAUUGUCAUGUGAUGCCUGAUGUAAGAAAGUAGUUGAAGGCUGUUUUUUUUGUUGCCCCUGUACUGCGAUGUGUGCACUUGAUCACGAAUGGGUGGCCUCAUGCCAGAGUGAUUUAGUUUUCUCCUCCAUAUCUUUUACCUUCUUUGUGUUGUUACGUGUGCUUGAGAUAUUAUCUAGCGUGUCUUAUCAAACAUGAUUACAUGAUCAUGCGUGUGUAGCCAAACUCCUUAAUGAGUAUGAGACCUUUUGCAUUCCAAAUGGGCCAUGUAAAUAAAACGGGAGGAUGAUAAACUCA